AUGGAUCUUAAGGGAACCUUAUCCUCACAAAUUGGAAAUCUAUCUUUCCUCGUGAAACUCAACCUUCACAGCAACAACUUUUAUGGUGAGUUGCCAAAAGAGUUGUUCCAGUUACGCAAGUUGGAAAUUCUCAACUUGAGCUAUAAUGCAUUUAAUGGAGUAAGCCCAACUUGGAUUGGAAGCUUGUCUGCACUUCAACACUUGAUUCUCAACAAUAAUGGUUUUGAGGGUGUUACUCCUCCAUGUAUAUCCAAUUUGCAAAAUUUGGAGAGCUUGGAAUGCAAAUCAAAUUUUAUAAAAGGAUCCAUUCCAUUCGAGAUUGGAAGACUUGAGAGUUUAAAGAUUUUACGCAUUUCAAGGAAUAACCUUUGA